CAGAGCGCGUAUUUAUGGUUGUAAGCGCGAACAUUUCACUUGCAUGCCAAAUAAAAAUCGUUACAGCAGCUAUUUUACAGUUUUGCAGCUAAUCGAGGGAGCACUGUUAUUAUUUUUUUCACCUAUCGACCAUUACUGAAAGUGGAGCGACGCACUGGAAGUCUUUCUUUUGGCGUUAUAUUAUAGCCAACGAGCGGUGACUGUACUGUGGACCCGCGCAUGCGCAAUCGGAGCCCCGGAGCCGCAGGAGAUCAGAGCUGUGCUCCAGCACAACACACUGGGACGCCGUCAUGAGUGCCAAAGUGAACAUGGAGGCUCCAGCCAAAGAACCGGACUGCACCCCUAUGGAUCCGUCAUCUUCGUCUCCCACAGAGACAAUCCUCAUCUGCGGGGGUGAUGGUGUGGCCAAGAAGGCUCGGCCUCAGCCCCACACCACCACUGCUCUCCUGCUACCAGGUGAACUCAUAUCUCCUGCCCAUCAGAAGGUGGAGGUGACUCCAGCUGUUGCAGUGGGUAACCCAGGUAAAGGAAGCAGAGCCAAUGAGAUGGCCACGCCUGCACUGACAGCACAGGUGGGCGGAGCUUGUAGCAUUGUCCAUGUCCUAGAGUUGAAGGAGGGGAUGGCCAUCCUGCCCAGUAGCAACCUCAAGUUCUGUGUGAGUGACUUAGGAGCUCUGAGCACACUGAUCACCCCGGGCACCGCCAGCAGCACCGCUGAACCUGCAGCAGGGACUUCUGGGAGAUCCACUGACGCAGAAAGAGUUCCAGACAAGCCAGCCCUGUCUGUGACAGAUGCGUCGGCUCCUGCCGGCUCUGGGAGGGGCGUGGCCCUGGAGCCAGAGAGGUUGGUGCCGGUCAAAGCCGAAGUCCAGGUUGAUCCAGGACAACAGAACCAUAAUCCCAGAGCUCAGAGGACCUACACAGAGGAGCUCCGCAGAGACCCCAUCACUGACAAGAGGAGCGUUGGCGUGGAGAAGGUGCCGGCAGGCGGGAGAGUCUCCCUCAACCCCGAUCACUUGAAACCCAUGAGGAAGAGGAAAAGGAAGGAGUACCUGAGUCCAUCUGAGGAAGACUCUGACAUCGAGGGCACGGAUGAGAAAAUGGAUGAUUCUAAAGCAGAGGGCCGACACAUCAGAGGAGGUGGAGACAGUAAGACAGAGCAGUGGACGUGGGCUCAGUACCUGGAGGAGACCAAAGCUGUUGCUGCUCCUAACAAGCUUUUCCAAGAGUCCCAGAGAGUGCCGACAGUGAAGAACGGCUUCAAACAGGGGAUGAAGCUGGAAGGCAUCGACCCGCAGCAUCCGUCCAUGUACUUUGUCCUCACUGUAGCCGAGGUCUGCGGUUACCGGCUGCGGCUCCAUUUUGAUGGCUACUCUGACUGUCAUGACUUCUGGGUGAAUGCCAACUCUCCCGACAUCCACGCUGCGGGCUGGUGUGAGAGCACAGGGCACAAACUGCACACCCCCAAAGGCUGUAAAGAGGAGGAGUUUACUUGGACCAACUAUCUGAGAAUGACUAAAGCACAAGUGGCUCCCAAAGAACUUUUUGCCAGUCCCGGAAGGAUCGAUGUGAAGUGUGGUUUCGAGAUAGGAAUGAAGCUGGAGGCCGUCGAUCGCAUGAACCCCUCCCUGAUCUGUGUAGCAACCAUCACCGAUGUGGUGGACGACCGCUUCCUGGUUCAUUUUGACAAUUGGGAUGACACGUAUGACUACUGGUGUGAUGCCAGCAGUCCGUACAUUCAUCCUAUUGGUUGGUGCCAAGAAAGGAACCUCCCACUAACACCACCCCAAGAUUAUCCAGACCAGGGCCGGUUCUCCUGGUCUCGAUACUUGGAGGAGACAGGAUCCAAAGCAGUGGCUGCUGAUGCCUUUAAAGUGCGGUCACCUCACAGCUUUCAGCCUCAGAUGAAACUGGAGGCUGUGGACAAGAGAAGUCCCGGUCUCAUAAGAGUGGCUACAGUUGAGGAGGUGGACACGCAUCGCAUUAAGAUCCAUUAUGAUGGCUGGAGUCACGUCUAUGAUGAGUGGGUAGACUCAGAUCACCCAGACAUCCAUCCAGCAGGCUGGUGCGAGGCGACCGGUCACCCGCUUAAAAUCCCUCCACGGGACACCAAAAUGCAGCAACCGCAUGGUAGCAACCAGCCUCAUGUGACUCCUUUUUCUUCACUUAAAACCGGAGGUGUGAGGGAGCCUCCUGCUACAGGCCAGUCCACCUACACCUCCUCUGUUCCCUGUAAACCCAUCAGUCAGCCCAGAACCAACAAAUACAGCUUCCACAACAGGAAGUGUCCAACUCCAGGGUGUGACGGCUCAGGCCAUGUCACCGGUCGUUUCACCGCCCAUCACUGCAUAUCCGGCUGCCCAUUGGCUGAGCGUAACCAGGGUAGGCUGAAGGCUGACCUAUCAGACUCAGAGUGCAAGAGAAACCUCUUCUUUGGCCAGAGGACUAAGAAGACUCAUUACCGUGGCAGGAUUGGUCGUCCUCCCAAAUACAGAAAGAAUCAACAGAGGGACUACCAGAACAUGUCCUCACAGGGAGUGUAUCCAUCACUGUUCAUGUCAGCUUUGAGCAACCAAUCAGACCGCACUCUGUCUUUGUGCUGGGAACAGCACUGCAAGCUGCUGCCCGGCGUUCAGGGCAUUCACGCCAGCCAGGUGGCCGCAUGGAGCGUCGAGGAGGUCUUCAGAUUUGUCCAGAAUUUAAUUGGCUGUGAAGAACAGGCUCGUCUCUUCAAAGAAGAGAUGAUCGACGGAGAGGCUUUCCUGCUGCUGACCCAGACCGACAUUGUGAAGAUCAUGAGCAUUAAGCUAGGCCCCGCCCUCAAGAUUUCCAACGCCAUCCUCAUGUUCAAGAGCACAGACGAGGGACUCAAGUGAAUCCCGCCCUCACUCAGUGGCAGCGCUGUGCCGCCAAUCAUCAUGUGCCAAAUUCAUUCUGUUGCAGGGAAAAAGACCCUGACCCCUUUUUCAUGUGUUCGGUGUCCUGUACCCAUCAGAGAGAGGGAGGAGGGAGGGGAGGGGGGUGGGGGGGUGAGGUCCGAUCAGGGUAAAGAGAGAAACAGAGCUGAGAUUAGAAGAUUCAGGUUGAUUAGAAAAUAUGAAUACUUUUGGAGAGUAAUGGAGGACUGUCAUCAAAAUCUUUGGAGGGUGGAUGUGAGGAUGGAGCAGAUGUAGGAAAACAGAAACUGAUGGGUUUGGUUCAGUGUCAGGGUUCAACCUCAUCCCCAAUACCCUUAAAAAAAAAUCGCUUGGCCACAGUACGUCUGUGUGUGCUGUGCUAAAUCUCAACAUUUCAACCCACGUACUUUAUACUGAAUUUGAAUUAUAAGCCAGCAGGAACGGCUGGAAACCCCGCAGAUGUAUUUCUCUGCCUACCAAAACGCACUUUACAUCCAUGUCUCUCUGCGGGUAACUUUUUUACUAUUUGAACAUAAAAUGUUAUAAUUUUAUAAAUAACAUAUCCUUUUAAGCUAUUGUGAGAAAUGUUAUCACGGUGUGAAUUAUUAAGCCAAAAAUGUGUUUGUUCAGUUUCGUUUUAGGUCUCGGCGACUUUUAAACACCGACUACCAAAUUCGAAUCAGUUCAUGCUUGAACUUCCAAAUUUAAAGACAAUCCCGGAAAACCUUCAAAAGGUAUCACUUCCUUGAUUAAGAUGGACAAAGGUGUCCAUCUUAAGGUGUACAAACUUAUGGACACAUGGAUGGGCAGAGAGCUGCAGACACCCGCUGCUGUCAGUGGUGUGAAGGGGGAAAAAAUAGGUGAUGUCAUGUAACAGAUGUUUGUUAAACAGACAUACUGUUUUAUUUGUUUUCCCGUACAAGGUAGAUUAACAUCCACUUCCUGCCUACACCAGUGCAGCUGAUAUAAGUACUGGUGCUGUACUUUUACUUCCUAAGUUAGAAUCGUUCCUAUUGAUGUACCAGGAUAGUUAAAACCUCCAAGGAGGUCAACUUACCUUAAAAAGAAGUUCACACGUGGCCAGAUGUGAUGAGAACUCUACCUGCAUUGUGACAAAACCCAUCAGUUUGCAAUGUCUGACGAGUAAAAGUGAAAGAACGUGUAUCAAGGUUGAAAAGAAAACAUCCUGAAAUACUGUAUGAACUAAUGGAAAUGAAGGAAAAUAAAAAAAAGUUGGGUAAAAGACGAGAAAGCGUUCCACAUAAAAAAGUAAGUAAAAGGAUUUUGAUGCAGUAAGUGAGGCUGGUCUGUGAGGCUCUUAUAGGCUUCACGUUUUGUGCAAUAAAGAAGCUGAUACAGAAGUGCUGUAUUCAGCAACAGUUAAUAUUACAGUUCCUUAUAUAUUAGACAAAUUGUUGCACUGUAAUGUUUAAAAAAGGAAAUCAAAUGAGCUGCUUUGUUCAGACUGUUUAGAUUUGUGAUUGAGUCGCAGAGAAAGCCUUUGCUCAUUUCACUGAUUAUUCCUGAGUAUUAGUUCUUUACGUUCACUGCCUCAAAAUUCCGCGUGCUGCACCGAUAAUGUGAGCGCUCGAGUGAAGGACGAGAUGUAACUUUUAAAACGUCGACCCUCAGCUCUCGAAUCCGAGGCAGAGAAAACAAACGACAGUGUUUGAAUUUUUAUCUCUAUAUGCAAAACGUCUGAAAUUAUUUUUUAGCUGUUAUAAAUAGAUGAAACGGACUCUUUGCAUUGGGAUUUUAGCACAACUGUGAAAUUCAAAUGGAUUUUACACAUGGAUAUUCCCACACUCGGUCACUAGAGAGUGCAAAACAUCCACCUUUUGCACUAUAAACACAUAUUUGGUAUCUAGCCAAUGGAGCGCUCUUGCAGUUUACAUGUGAAGGAAGCUCCGGGCGAACUGUGUUCUCAGAAAUGUUUACAUUUGAUGUCAGGGUUUGUUUAAAACACUGUAUGGAGUUGAUAUUGUGAGACGAAAGCUGAAUGUUUUAAGGGCUCCUGGAAUCUUAAAUAUUACUUCUUUGUGUGUCUCUCUGGUGGGAUUUGUGUGCGUGUGUGUGCGUGUCAAGAUAAUCUUGGGUCACAAACGUCAUUUAAACCAUAUGAAUUAAUAAACAUCCACAGCUGUCUUGUCUGA